AUGGGGAAGGGUCGUGACAAACGAAAGAAACAUGAAGAUCCUGUGAAGGCGGUGAAACGGUCGGAUCGCCAGGCGCAUAAACGUGCCAAGGGUAUGCAAAAAGGCGACACGGAUGGCGAUGAGGUGAAAGGAUUCAAUAAUGAGGAGGCUCCGGAAGUUACUUUGAACCGAAUUCGCAAGCAGGAAGGCAAAAUGCGAACUACGUUGGUUGAAGAAAAUGCUGUCCCACCCAGUCCGCGUGCGAAUGUUGUUUUCACACUUCACCCUGAGCGUGAGCAGGAACUGAUGCUUUUCGGUGGAGAGUAUUGGGACGGUGAGAAGACGGUGGCUUAUAAUGAUCUAUACUUUUAUAACAUUAAACGCAAUGUCUGGUCACGUCUCGUGACGGCGGUGAAUCCACCCCCACGAAGCAGCAGCCAAGGUGUCGUCUACAAACAUUUUUUGAUUGUUUUUGGUGGGGAAUUUGUUUCUCAGUCGCAGUCGCAAUUCCUGCACUUUAAAGACGUCUGGCGUUUUGACGCCAAGAAGUAUGAAUGGGAGGAACUUACCGGCGUAAAAGGGGGUCCUUCCUCACGUAGUGGUCAUCGUAUGUGUCUCUGGCGCCGUAGUGCUAUUGUCUUUGGUGGUUUCUAUGAUAACGCCCACGAAUGUCAUUAUUUUAAUGACCUUUGGAUCUUGUCAUGUUUGGAUGGGGCAGGAAAGUGGACGGCGGUCAAAACGGCGCCCUACGGGGAGCUACCUCACCCCCGUAGUGGGCAUUCAAUGGCAGUAUGCAAUGACACACUCUUUGUUUAUGGGGGUUUCUCCACUGAGAAGUUUAAUCGAUUUAAAAAAUUACAAGCAAAUGUGCACCAUGACCUUUGGAGUAUAAAAUUGCCGCAGCACAUCAAUGCUGCCGAUAAUGCCAACGCCGAGGGCGACUUUGCGCUGUGGACGAAAAUACGUCUGGGUGGUAUUCCCCCGCCGAUCCGUUGUGGCGUAGGUAGUGCGUUUAAGGACAAUAAAAUGUACUUAUUUGGUGGUGUGGUGGACAUUGAGUCACCUGGCGGUAAAGUUGUGUCCACUUUCACCAGUGAUUUAUUUGUUUUUCAUAUGGACACAAAGCGGUUUUACCCAAUUGUUUUGCGCGCAAGGAAGAAGACAACGGCGUUGGAGUUGAAGGGAGGUGACCUACAAUCCGAAUUGAGGGCUCUUCACCUACAACAUUUGGCGGGUAAUUCUUUAUUUUCAGCAGCGGAUAGCGAGGAGGAAGAGGAGGAGGAGGAAGAUGGUGAAGAAAGUUAUGGGAGCAUUGUGGUGGAUGAAGAGAAUGAGAUGAAGGAGAGUUUUGAGGUCAAUAAACGAGGCCAGAUUUACCCACAUCGUCGGAUGAAUGCGUCUAUGCUUAUUAUGGGGAAUACUUUGUACAUUUUCGGGGGUCAGUUUGAGAGUGGUUCCCGUGAAGUUACAAUGUCAGAUCUCUUUUCAUUCAACCUCAAUACGUGUGACACAUACCGUGUGCUCCUCGCACAGGAUCUUUCACGUUUGGUGUGGCUCGGUAAGGAGGCGGAGGCUAGUGAGGCUGGUUCAUGGGAAAGUGGCAGUACAGUUGUCAGUGCUGCAUUUGAUUUGGAUUACGAUGAAGACGACGAUGAAGAUACAGACAACACUGGAGAAGCAGCUGUGGACGGCGGGGUGGACCUUGCUUGCAUCCCGCGAGCACUGGAGGACGGUGACAACGAUGAUGAGCCACCGCAAGUUGUCCCUGCAGAACUCGACACUGCCGUCACUCCUUCACGCGAGAUUGUGGACUGCGUCACUACGGUAAAAGGUAAAAAAGGCCUCAAGGUACACAAGGAACAGCUCCUUGCUCAGCUUGGCAGUGGCUCUGCUGUACCAACUCCGCUAAAAGAUGAGACCCCUGCAGUUUUCUUCCAACGAACAACCGACUUUUGGGUGUCAAUGGCAUCUGAGUCCUUUGAGGAUCUCAAAACAAAGCAGCGGCAGUCGGAAAAGCGGGUUCAUAAGCAGGCGAUGGGGUUUGCAUACCGUCGCUACCAUGAAGCAAAUAGAUUACUUGAGCAGCUGCGAAUCGUACAGGAACGUGAAGAGGAGGAGGCACGAUUCUUUAAGGAACGCCGAGAGAAGAAGGAAGAAGAGUGGGAAGCAUACGAGCGGCAACUUGCGGAAGAUGAGGAAGAUAACGAUGAGGAGAGGGACACCGAAGAAUAA